AUGGAAGCAACCAAAAGAGCUUCCUGUGUUGGUGUUCACGAGGCAAUCCCUCUAUCUGUUAGGAACUUCAUCAUCCCAUGUGUCAUAGAGACUACAACAUCGAAUGCAGAGAUGUCGGGUCUAUCGAUUAUUGCGUUUGUUAACGCGAUUGAAGUCGUAUCUGUACCCGACUAUUUGAUCCCGAAUGAAGCCACAUCUGUAUUCCCGAUUACCACAAUUAACGGGCUUUCGAAUCAAGCAUUCGAAACUAUGUACCGUUUGAAUAUGGGCGGUCCGAAACUCGCCCCGCAAAACGAUACAUUGGGAAGAACUUGGGAAAAUGAUAAAAAGUAUCUUCAUGUGAACGGAUCAGCUGCAAGUGUCUCGGUCAUCCCGUCAAUUAUAAAGUAUAUCGAAAGUGUCACACCCGAAAUUGCACCAAAUUGGGUGUACGCAACUGCUCAAACAAUGGGAAAUGCUAAUGUUGCUAAUUUGGACUUCAAUAUCACUUGGGUUCUUCCGGUUGAUCCCGAUUUCACUUACUUUGUUCGUGCGCAUUUUUGCGAUAUCGUGAGCACGUCUCUAAACACCCUUGUGUUCAAUUUAUUUAUAAAUUCCGAGAAUGCGUAUCCCGAUAUUGAUUUAUCGACAUUAAUCGGUAACCUCGAUGUGCCUGUUUACAAAGAUUUUGUCUGCAAUUCAUCCGAUAAUUUAAGCACUUUGACUGUAAGUAUCGGUCCGGAUAGUGUUGCGGAUUAUCAAAACGCGGUUUUGAACGGUCUCGAAAUCUUGAAAAUUAGCAACGAGGCUCGAAGCUUAGACGGGCUUACUUCCGUGGAGAAUUUUGUUUUGUUUCCGUCGAAGAAAACUACAAAACCCGGUUUGGUUAUCGGAUGUGUUUUAGCCGGUUUGGUUGCGAUAGUCGGUUUACUUUUGUGUUAUUGUUUCUUGGUGGCGAAAAGAUCGAAAACGGGUAAUCAAAAAUCGUCAUGGUUACCACUUCCGUUACAUGGAAACUCACUCACCAUGACGAAAGUCUCAACCUUUUCUCAAAAAAGCGGAACCGCAAGCUGCAUCUCGUUGGCGUCAUGUAAUCUUGGUAGAACCUUUAUGCAGGAACAGGACAAAGGGUUGGUGGUGGAAGAGUGGUGGAUGAAGUUGAAGAUGAUGGUGAAGAUGGGUGGUUGCAGGUGGUGUGGGAUGAAGAAGAGGUGGGUGGUGAUUUAG